UUGAACACAACUACCCUAGUCAGUUAAGAUGGUGGUCAUUACGGUUGUGGUGGUGGCAAAAGUGAUGUCAUUGAUAUCAAUUUAGUUAAAACGUUCAACGAAGAGACAAAGGAGGAAAGCCAUUCUUAUAAGUAACAGUGUUUAUGAGUUUCGUUAGUUAUCUUAUCAGGUUUUUAUCACAUAUCAUUUGAAAGAUUGCGUGUCAAAGGAAAAACCAGUCGAUCGUUAUUCGAUCGAAAAUUGCCGUGUUAUUCUGUUGGAAUUAAGUGACCGGCUGAUUAAAAGUACAACAGCAGAUAAAUUAAUGAAUAUGCAAAGUUUUUAAAUUUGUGUCGCGCGAAAUUUCCAAUUUUUUUCCGAAGGGUUGCAAUAAUGUCUAAAAAGAUUAAUUGCAACAAAAUGUUAGUUCACCAGUUAUCGUCUGUAUUACCUGAUGAUAGGCCCAUCACAGCCAUAAAUAUUGUUGAAGAUAUAGAUAAGUGUCCACCAAAUUUUACAGUGGUAUCACGAACAUAUGACCAAGAUACUGAUGCUGAUCUAUGGAGAGAAAGUGGACUUUUUAUUAAAAAGAAAGGCAGAUACAUAUGUUUUUCAAAGACUGAAGGGUUACCGCAGUGUGUGGUCGAAGAUAUCGUAGUCAUUAAUGAACGAGAUACUCCACCAGAAGGAUAUAGCAUAAUUUCUUGUACUGUAGAUUCAAUGCAGAAGGCAUGGAGAAAGAAACAGGUGUGCUAUAAAAUUAGAAAUAAGGAACUAUGUUCGAAAGCAGUUACUGAUAUUAUCAUAUGUAGUAGAGUUAUACAUAAGGUUUAUACAUCUAAAAUGGCACCAAACGGAUUUAUUGCUGCUGGUGUUAUUAACGGAGUUUGUGUUUGCUACAAAACUGUGGAUAUUGUAAAUGGGAAUUCAAAUUCACAGUCAUAUGUUAAUAUAGACUUACUACAAAGUGCUUCCCCAAAUCCAUCAAAUGGGACACCCCAUAGAAUACCGCCUGAGAGGCCACCAAAACCAAAGUUUUCGCCAAAACCAGCAAAUGGGGUUUAUCCAAAAAUUAGUGGAAGUGGAGGAAAGGAUACAGAGGAAUCUAACGAUAGAGAUUAUGAAAUUUUGAGUCCUAGUGCAAGAAUUAGACCUACGAGACCUGCUCCGCAACCCCCUACAUCAACAGUUGUUGGAUCUACAUCAAUUUAUGGUACACUUCCAGGAUCUUCCGAUUUGGAUGGAGUCCCAUUUGUUCUUAAUCCACGUCUUAGUGUUCAUUCUGAUUCUUCUACUAAUAAACUUCCUGUGAUUAAAAUUUGGACUCAGAAAGACUUGGAUAAAGAGUUCUUUUACGAUUUUUGUGCAGAGAGAGAAACUUGAAGAAACCACUGUGCCAAAUUAAUUGCGUGAUUCUUCACGCAAUUUUUCAGCUAUGUCUAUACAUUUGUAUUGAUAAUAUAGCACUAGCCAAGUGUAAUAGAGUGCCUGAACGAGUGAUUCAUACUAACCUACGAAAAUGGAAUUACUUUCAAAACAUUUAUCAAUGAAGUGUUCGAAUUUAAAUAUUGUCCAUUUUCUAAAGUACUUUUCUCUUCCAUACCCUAUUUAGAUUUUGAUACCAGUAACAGUUAGCACCGUAUUUUUAUAGAGUUGCGUUGUAUUUUUAUAGAUAGUAGAAGUUAUAUAUAUGUAUAUUAUAUAUAAUUGUAUGAUAUGUUCUAGUUGUUUAUAAAUCGCCACAAAAUACUUAAUAUUA